AUGGCUAAACGAAAAAGUAAACAACAAGAUUUAGAAAAAAAGAAGAAACUUAAACAAAGUCAAGAUGAACAAUUAUCUACGGGAUUGUUCAAUAAUGUUGGACAGGGACAACACCAAGGGGAUGAUGACGAUGAAGAAGGUGAUGAAAUAGAUUGGGAUAAUCAAGAGAUGGAUUAUGAAUUAAUACCAAGGAAAAUCACCACCAAGAAAACAAUUGAAGCAUUACCAAUUAAAAAAUCCGACGGGACUAUAGAAAGAGUUGUUAGAGAAGUUGAAGAAGAAGAAGAGGAAGAGGAAGAGGAAGAGCCUGAAGAAGAGCCUGAAUUAGAAAAUGAUGUUGAAAAUGAACCAUCAAAACAAGAAAACAAAGAAAAUAAAGAGGAGGGGGAUAUUGAUACCGACGACACAUUAACACCACAAGAAAAGUUAAUUCAAACAAAAGAAGAAAUUGCAGAAUUAGGAUCAAAAUUAAUUGAAGAUCCUGAAGAAAAUAUAGUUUGUCUUACUAGAUUAAGAAAAAUGUCUGAAUCGAAAAAUUUCAUGACAUCUCAAUUAUCAAUAUUAGCAUUAAUACCAAUUUUUAAAUCUCUUGCUCCAUCUUAUAAGAUAAGACCAUUAACUGAUACUGAAAAAAGAGAAAAAGUUAGUCGUGAAAUAGCUAAAUUAAGAAAUUUUGAACAAAAUUUAGUGAUAAAUUAUAAAGCUUACAUUGAAUUAUUAACAAAAUAUCUGAAAAUAUCAUAUUCAAAUUCUAUGAAUAAUAAUAAAAUCACUAGUGAUCAAUUGAAACGAGGCAAUAUUGCUUUAAAAGCAGCCACUGAACUUUGUUUAAGUUCAUUAAGACAUUUUAAUUUCCGAGAAGAAUUAUUUACUAUUAUUAUUAAACGAUUAAAUAAAAAACCUCAACAUCAACAAGAUUAUCCAAUAUUUAUAAAAUCUUUAAGAGUUUUAGAAACUUUAUUAAAAGAUGAUGCUGAACAUGGAGAUAUUACUUUUGAUAUAAUAAAAAUCAUGACAAAAUCAAUUAAAGAUAAAAAAUUCCGAGUUGAUGAAUCAGUUGUUAAUGUUUUUUUAUCAAUUUCAUUAUUAGAAGAUUAUGAUCCUAAUAAUAAUAAUAAUAAUAAAGAUGAUCAUCACAACACCACUUUAAAACCAAAAUUAAAAAAAAAGGAUCGAAUUCAUUUAUCUAAAAAAGAACGGAAAGCUCGUAAAGAAAGAAAAGAAAUUGAAGAAGAAAUACAAAAGGCUGAACAAGCCAUCACUGUUGAACAACGAGAAAAAUAUCAAGCUCAAGUAUUAAAAAUGGUAUUAACUUUAUAUCUAGAAAUAUUAAAAGCAGGGUCGUCUAGUUCACAAUUAAUUGAUGGUGAUGGUAAAAAAACUAAAAAUGAUGCUAGUUUGUUAAUGGGGGCGGUUUUAGAAGGAUUAUCAAGAUUUGGUCAAAUGUCAAAUUUAGAUUUAUUAGGUGAUUUUUUGGAAGUAUUAAGAGAAAUUAUGACCGAUAUCAUUGAAGAACAUAAACAAAGUGGUGAUAAUGAUAAUGAUAAUGAUAAUGAUGAUGAAAGUGGGGGGAUGUAUAGUGGGAAUGAAUUAAGAACAAUAUUAUUAUGUAUUGCCACAUCAUUUUCAUUAGUAUUAAAUCAUAAUUCUAUGGGGAAAUUACCUAUGGCAAUAGAUUUAAGUAAAUUUGUUUCCACAUUAUAUAUUAUUUUAACCGAUUUGGCAUUAGAUCCUGAUUUAGAAUUUAGUCAUAAAACAUUAAGAUUAGCUGAUCCAUUAUCAUCAUCAUCAUUAUCAAAUGAAUUAGAGAAUAAUAAACCAGCAGUUAAUGUUUCAACUAAAGCAGAAUUAUUAUUAAGAUGUCUUGAUUUUAUUUUUUUCCGAUCGAAAAAUGGUACUAUACCUCGAGCAACAGCAUUUAUUAAACGAUUAUAUAUAUUAACAUUACAAACACCAGAGAAAACUAGUUUGGCCAAUUUGAAAUUUAUUGGUAAAUUAAUGAAUAGAUAUGGUGAAAAUAUUAAAGGAUUAUGGAACACCGAAGAAAGAAUUAGUGGUGAAGGAAAUUAUAUUUUAGGAAUUGAACGACAAAAUAAAGAUAAAGAUGUUGAAUUAGAACGAAGUAAUAGUGGUGCAGCAACAUUAUGGGAAAAUGUAUUAUUAGAUAAACAUUAUUCAAUAAUGAUUAAAGAUGGUUCAAGGUCGUUAAUGAAAAAUAGUAAAGCCAACACCAAUUGA